UACAGCCUUCGGUUUUAGUAUUUUUGUUGAAUCUGCCGGAGGAAUAAAAAUAAUAUAAAUUUGCCAAUAGUACAGAUUUGUGCAAGUAUUCAAGUAAUUCACAGCCUUAAAAAACCAACAAUUUUGUAAACUGUGUACUCGCAGAUGGUAUUACUUAUAACCGUGAUUAAAUAUGGCAACACAUGAAGGAAUCCAUUCAUACUUUUCAAAAUUAAGUUCCCUCUCUGAAAAGAUUACGCGCGAUGUAAAUAAUGUAAAAUCUGCGUACAGUCGAGAAGCCUGGCUUACAUUGACUUUAAGUGAACAGGAAAAAAUAUUAAACAGUCACUUAAUAAAUCCCGAUAUAUAUACCAAGUACUAUAAUAGGCUCGAGGAACAAAAACGACAAAUAAAAACAGAUAAUUUCAAAAAUGACCAAAAACUCUGCUUUAGUGACGCUGUAUAUUCAUUUAACGGAAAAGACCUGCACACGUAUAUUUUGCAAAAUGUUGGCUUAAAAAUAUUACAUGAUGAAAAUACCAGAGGUUGUCGCGAUGAACAUUCAUUUCCAUUUAGUUAUCGAACGAAGUCUCAAAUAAAAAUAUCACUGAAGGAAUGUGAUGCAGUCUCUGAUCCCGGAGUUCCCAUUGAUGCAUCAAACGUGCUUUAUUUAACGUUAAUGACGAACGUUUCGCGCAGCCCAAAACUACCCAGUCUACAUACUUAUGACUGUGAUAAGACUGACGUUAACCAGAGUAAAGUAAUUACCAAUCUAAUAAGCGACCAAAAAAGUAUAUGUGUAUAUAAUAAUGAGGAAUGUUUUGACUCGAAUGAAGAACUGCAACUCUUGGUUAGGUUUGGAUCAAAAAGCAGUAUGUCGAACGACGUGUCUGAUAAUGAAAAUGAGUUUAAAGAUAUUCGACAAGAUGAAAAUGCUAAGCUUUUAACACCUGAAAUCCCUAAGGGUUUUGAUUUUCUCAAUAAUUGGUAAAACUCAUUUUAAAUACAUAUGCACAAGCGAUUCCAUUUAUAACAUCGCUAAACAUUUACAACAUAAAAUUUCAUCUGAUGCUCUUUUUUAAAUAAAACAAGCAUACAUUUUUCAAA